GACGUAACCCACAUCGGCAGUGCCGACGACAACAUCGAAAUAGUUAACGCGAAACGAAGAUCGAUCUGGAUGAGGGUGUGCAUCAUAAUGCGGUACCGGAACUCGAAGAUCUGCAGAUGACGGAAGGCGCAAAGGAAGAUAACUAGCGGGAGAGGGAACAGAGGACGCUGUACAACGUCAUUCGGCUUAGGCUGGUUCGUGUGGUGCUUCUCGGGAAAAGAUGAGGCGGAGCACCGGAGGGAACUGAGGUUGUGAAAUCUGUGAUUGAGAAGCGAUCGGGAUACCGGUGGUGGCAAUGAGCGUAGUUAAUUUUGAUUCUCUUCAAUCAAAGCCGAAUUUUGAUUUGAUCUUGCUGUGUCCAUCAUGUCCCCUGUUCUAUAGCCUGCACAAAUUGCCUUUCUUGGAUAAACACAAAGGUGGGACAGAUCUGCAGUCUUCUUCUCUGCCUCAUAGCAUCCUCACAGUCAUUUGUUGCUCCGUCUCCAGUUGGAUAUAUUCUUAAACAGAGGAAUUUUUACAGUGAUUUGUUAGGUGGUGUUAGAUUCUCCACUGACUUAAUAUUGGUUUCUAUCUGUUUGUUAGGUGAUGCUAGAGUACAUACGAUAUAAUUGUUAGCAAUAUCGGUUUGGAGCAAUUUCUCUUUUGUUUCCUUCUUGUUAUCUGCUUGACUUUUGAUUCUAUAUAUAUAAACUAUAUACUAUCUCUGGUGAUGGAUGAAUCCUAUCUCUGGAAUAUAUUAUUAUUCAUGUAAAGUUUCUCCAUACCAUCCUGUGUAUGUUAUAAUCACGUGUUUCUUUAUGUAUGAUGCAAAUGAAAAACAUAACUUGUAACUCAGUGCAUGUGGAUUUGGGAAGGGGGCCUAUCAUGUAUGAUUGUAGAAGCAGUCCUUUACUCAUAUCAUACAUGAUGGCAUGUGUAACUAUUAUGGAGAAUGAGUUCAUUGUUGUGUUCUAGAAUAGUUGUCUUCUUUUCCAAAUAAAAGAAGAUGAGAAUU